AUGGCCGUCGCUGGCAUCGGCGCCGACUGUCUCCUCAACACAAUUCUCUUCAUGCUCGGAGUCAUUCCCGGCCACAUCCAUGGUUUCUACAUAACCUGCACUUAUUUCUCGCGCAGGAAGAAGGUGCGUAAGGGUCAAUAUCCUGGCGGCCCCAAAAUGGGUAUCUACAGUGAGAGGGUUUGGUAUGGGGGUGCGAGUGCGAAAAGGGUGGAUGAGUUGUGGGAGAAGAGAGAGGAUGAGAGAUUAGAAAAAUCGGAUAGAGAUGAAGAGAAGAGGACGGGCAGGAGGAAGGCUGGGGAUAGGAGGGGUGUUGGAAGAAGAAAUGAGGUGAUGAGAAUGCACAGUGAUAUAGGAGCGAUGAGAGUGCAUUGA